UAGUGGUGAUGCAAACACAACGUGCACACACCCUUAAUGUUUUUGAAUUAACCAAUGAACAGGAGUUAAAAACAAUAAUAACUAAAACCAAACCAACCACUUGUCCACUGGACCCUAUCCCCACUCAACUUCUCAAAGAAUCCCUAGAUGUUCUGGCAAGACCUAUAACAGCCAUAAUUAAUGCAUCCCUCUCCUCAGGUGAUGUGCCGGAUCAAUUUAAAGUAGCUGUAAUCAGACCACUACUGAAAAAAUCAGGUCUGGACCCACAGAAGCUUAUUAAUUAUAGACACGUCUCUAACGUACCAUUUUUGUCCAAAGUUCUGGAGAAGAUUGUGGCUGCUCAACUUCAGUCAUACUUGAAGAUGCACAACAUACUGGACAGAUUCCAGUCGGGCUUCUGUCCAGGGCACAGCGCUGAAACUGCCUUAACUAAAGUCGUAAACGACAUAACAAUGGCGACUGAUGCUGAUAAUGGGACGGUGUUUAGAUCUUAGUGCAGCAUUUGACACGGUUGACCAUACUACCCUAUUACAAAGACUAAAAUUUGAUGUUGGGUUGCAUGGAUUGGUGUUUAAGUGGUUCGAAUCAUACUUGACUAAUCGAUAUCAAUAUGUCCAAGUGUCAAGUAACUUUACUCCAUCAUCUAUGUCACCAGUCAAAUAUGGAGUACCACAGGGAUCAGGUCUCGGUCCUUUAUUGUUCUCUCUAUAUAUGCUGCCUUUAGGUGACAUAAUGAGAAAACAUAAUGUUAACUAUCAUUCCUAUGCAGAUGACACACAAAUAUACAUGUCAGUUACGCCUAAUGACACUGUACCUAUUGUCACUUUAACUAAUUGUUUUACUGAACUAAAAACUUGGAUGGCCAAAAACUUUUUAUCUUUAAAUGCCCAGAAAACCGAGGUUCUGUUGUUUGGAGGCAGGUCCACGGAUAAGAAUACCAUUAUUUUCACACUCCAUUCCAAGGGGCUGAACUUUUCCCUCAACAGCAUAGCACGUAACCUGGUCUGCUUCCUGCAGCUGUGUAACAUUGGCAAACUACGACGAUUUCUCUCUAUGCAAGACGAUGAGAAACUGAUAAAUGCCUUUGUAUACAGUAGGUUAGACUACUGUAAUGCUCUGUUAUCCGGGAGCACACACUGCACAUUGCAUACUUUUAAGCGGAUUCAAAAUGCAGCAGCCCGAAUUGUCACUAGGAGAAAGAAGUUUGAACACAUAACGCCUGCUCUUAGCUCCCUGCACUGGUUUCCUGUGAGGUUCAGGACUGACUUCAAAGUUCUCCUACUCACAUAUAAAGCACUUAAAGGCCUAUCACCUAGCUACCUAACAGAGUUACUCCAAGUUUACAGCCUGCACCGUCCACUCAGGUCGCAGAAUGUAGGUUUCCUUGUAGUGCCACAUAUAACUAAGCGACUUGGUGGUAAAGCAUUCUGCUACGGGGCCCCUAUACUGUGGAAUGGUUUACCAGCCUAUGUUCGGGAUGCUGAAUUGGUCUCAGUCUUUAAAUCUCGACUGAAGACCUAUUACUUCAGUUUAGUUAGUUUAGUUAACACUUAACACAUAAUUAUGGCUGCUGAUGCUGCUGUACGUGGCAUUUUUACCUACCGUGCUUGUCCAUUAAUGUAUCAGUGCACUCUUUGACACCUGCACUCAAUGUCUUUCUUCCCACACGUCUGGAGGGUGCCCGAGGGGGCACCUUCUGAGCUGCCAUCAGGGUCUACGGAUGG